UUCCGGGACACUUCCGGGACACUGUCAUCAGAAAUGGCUUCACUUGACAGGGUAAAAGUGCUAGUUUUGGGAGAUUCCGGGGUGGGCAAGUCUUCUUUGGUCCAUCUCCUAUGCCAGAAUCAAGUUUUAGGAAAUCCAUCUUGGACCGUCGGCUGCUCUGUGGAUGUACGGGUUCAGGACUAUAAAGAGGGAACGCCGGAGGAGAAAACCUUCUACAUUGAACUCUGGGAUGUGGGAGGAUCUGUUGGCAGCGCCAGCAGUGUCAAAAGCACAAGAGCAGUCUUCUACAAUUCAGUUAAUGGAAUUAUAUUGGUACAUGAUCUGACGAACAAGAAGUCCUCUCAGAACCUCUACCGCUGGUCACUAGAAGCUUUGAACAAGGACUCCUCUCCGACAGGCGUCAUCGUGUCAAAUGGAGACUACGACAGGGAGCAGUUUGCUGAGAACCCAGUGCCUUUACUGCUGAUUGGAACCAAGUUUGACCAAAUUCCAGAAAACAAACGCAGUGAAGUACUCACCCGCACGGCUUUCCUGUCCGAAGACUUCAACGCAGAAGAGAUCAAUCUCGACUGUACCAACCCAAGAUACCUCGCUGCAGGCACAUCAAACGCAGUGAAACUUAGCAGGUUCUUUGACAAGGUCAUAGAGAAGAGGUAUUUCACAAGAGAUCCGAGUCAGAUGACUGGUUUCACAGACAGAAAACGGUUCAACUUCAAAAGUCUGCACUAUGACUGACGGUGGUCUGCGGUGUGAUCACAGCUGCGGGAUUUUAUGCGACGAGUCAGCCGUCACGCUCACUCAACACCCCACCCACCUCUUGUGUCUCACUUGUGUAUACUGCAGCUAAUAACAAUAAUCAUGUAAAUAGCAGGAAAUUUGCAGUAAAGUGCAUUUUUUCAAAAAAUUUCCAAAUCUAAUACAAUUCAUUUUUCAUUUCUGUACUAAGCCACAUGAUUUAAUGAGCUCAUGAAGAGAAGGCAGAAUAAAUCAACUUUUAGUUCUU